GAUCUGUCAAUGGCUGAAGGAGCAUUCUGGAUUGAAGCGGCUGUAAUAGUUAACCAUACCAAGAAAACUGAGUAGACUCUUGUAUGAUUGAGGCACUGGAUAGUCUGCAAUAUCUUAUCUUUUCAGGAAGCGGACUAAUACCUUCGGAGGAAGUCCGUCUGAGCUAGCAGCUUUGAAUCGCUUUAAUUGACGAAGCUCAAUUCGGAUCUCCACUUCGGUGAGUGGUUCCAGUGUAGCGUUCCAAGUUUCGGCUGACAGUGCGGAUAACCGAUCCAGCUAUUCGAGUCAUGGUCCAGCCACUUACCAAAACAGAAAACAAAAGCCUUUGGUAAAACCUCUAUUGUGCACACGGCAGAUUGGAUCGAAAUAAAUGAUCUACGAAUGAAUGACCUAGUGGAAGGCUCCUUAAUUUUAGCAAUUACUGGAAGCCUGAAAUGGCGCUUGUUGACUACUAGAGGAGUGCGCUUGGUGGUGGGCUUCAAGGUGGUUCAUGCUUCUUGGUAGAUUUCAAGGUGCCACAGUAGCUGAGGUGUUCUUCAUUUCCAGUCAGCCUGUAAUGAUGAUGACUUAAGGUGAUAUUGUCUCCUGGGCCAUCCAGUUAUCUUUGGGCUGUUUCGGACCAUUCUUCUCCGAGUUGUUAGCGAGAGGACUCGCUUCAAGGGCUGCUAUAGACGGGCUUCAUAAAGACCAAAAAUAGCAAAUUGCUUUGGCCAGUCCAAGUUGUUAUUAGCGCACUUUUACCCGUACGAUAAACCAUUUUUAAAUGUCCAAAAAGCGCCCAGAAAGCACAUUACCUCCGGAGUUGUAUUACAACGAAAAAGAAGCAGAAAAAUAUACCUCAAAUUCCCACAUAAUUGAAGUGCAGACAAAGAUUACAGAGCGUGCAUUGGAACUACUUGCUCUUCCCGAAGAUGAAUACUGUCUGGUGCUGGACAUCGGUUGUGGUUCCGGACUUAGUGGCGAGACGAUUUCUGAUAAUGGUCACAAAUGGAUCGGUAUUGACAUUAGCUUGCCGAUGUUAUCCGUGGCAAAAGAACGGGAAGUUGAAGGCGACUUAGUCCACGGAGAUAUUGGCGUCGGCCUACCUUUUAGGAGCGCAUCUUUCGACGGUGCUAUUAGCGUAUCUGCUAUCCAGUGGUUAUGCAAUUCCAACCGCACAGACCACAAUCCGGUUGGACGAAUACGUUCAUUCUUUUCCUCUCUCUACGCAUGCUUGACAAGGACAGCCAGAGCCGUUUUACAAUUUUAUCCAGAGUCAGCCGCUCAAGCAGACCUCCUACAGUCAGAGGCGAUGCGUGCAGGUUUCACCGGAGGACUGAUAAUUGACUAUCCAAACAGCACGAGAGCAAAGAAAUACUUCCUGGUUCUUGACGUCAGUAUUUCUCGAGACCGUCCGCAACCCCUCACGGAUGACGGCCCAAUCCCCACCAGGGUGUUGCAAGGCAGAUUGGAGGAAGUCCGCAAGUCCCGACAACUGAAGAGGGUCCCGAAACACAGUGUGGCGUGGAUCAAGCAGAAAAAAGAACGCGCACGGAAGCAAAUGAAAGAGGUGGCAAAUGACUCAAAGUACACGGGCCGGAAAAGAUCUAACAGAUUUUGAGUGAUAAUAUAAAUACACGCAUCGUUCUAUCUUUCUUUGAUGUGCCACAAA